CAAAUAAUGUUGGAAUUAGCGAUAUCAGCAGCUGCAACAACAACUCUAGCAGGCCGAGGCUGUGAAGCCAGAUGUGGAGAUAUUGAUAUUCAAUACCCAUUUGGUAUUCGAGCUGAUUGUUCAAUGGACAAAUGGUUUGUGAUUGAUUGCAUUAAAAGCGCAAACUCUAGUAGAGCUUUCAUAAGCAGCAUCAACUUGGAGUUGAUAAAUAUCGACUAUGCACGCAGCAGCUUACUAGUUAAGGGUCCCGUAUUCUCCUACAAUUGUACCCGUCCUAACACCGGCCGAGAUGUGAAUCUAAGACGGACAUCUUUCACCUUUUCUGGUAGCAAUAAAUUCACCGUUGUGGGCUGCAACAACCGUGCUUCGCUAUCCUCUUCUGAUCCAGACGGUGAAGGAUGCCAACCAACCUGCGAAGAGAAUGUUAAACCUCAAGGUUGCUUUGGCAACAGAUGCUGCCAAACCUCAAUCCCUUAUUUUCAACAGUUACUUGCACCGAGUUUUCAAGAUGCAGAUGAUGAUCAAUGCAGGUUAGCCUUCAUAGUGGAAAAAAAAUGGUUCAAGGCUAAUGUAAAAGAACCUUAUAAGGUGCAAGAAUUGGAAUAUGUUCCAGUUCUUCUGGAUUGGAAAAUCAAUGCAGCAGCCUUGGGAUCGCUUGUAAUUGAUGAGGAAUCCACAUACCAUGGUCCCAUGGUCUGCUAUGACAAAUUCGAUUUCCCAUACCACAACAACACAAUCUUAAUGUGUCGUAAGGGCUUCACCGGCAACCCUUAUCUACCGGUUGGAUGCGAAGAUGUUAAUGAAUGCGAGGAUUCAAUGGUGCGAAGUCUGUGUAAUGGAUUAUGCAAAAAUACACACGGCUCUUAUAAAUGCGUGGCCAGAGGAUAUUGGACUAUUAUUCUAGGUAUUAGUGUGGGAUUUGGAGCAUUGAUUCUCCUAAUUAGUACGUGGUGGUUAUAUAAACUUAUUAAGAAAAGAAAACAGAUAAAGCGUAAAAGAAAAUUCUUCAAGCAGAAUGGUGGUUUGUUGUUGCGCCAACAACUCUCUUCAAGUCAAGGCAAUGUUGACAGGUCCAAAAUAUUCAGUUGUAAGGAGUUGGACAAGGCGACUGAUCACUUUAAUGUUAACAGAAUUCUUGGUCAAGGUGGCCAAGGCACUGUCUAUAAAGGAAUGCUAGUUGAUGGAAGAAUUGUUGCAAUUAAAAAGUCUAUGAAAGUAGACAAAGCAAAAGUUGAAGAAUUCAUUAAUGAGUGUGUCAUUUUAUCACAAAUUAAUCAUAGAAAUGUUGUAAAGCUACUUGGGUGUUGCUUGGAGACAGAGGUUCCUCUUCUUGUGUAUGAAUUUAUCCCUAAUGGAACCCUUUAUCAGUAUCUCCAUCAUCAAAAUGAGGAGUUUCAAUUAACAUGGGAUAUGCGCUUGCGAAUUGCUAUCCAAGUUUCAGGGGCAAUUUCCUACCUGCACUCAGAGGUACGUAUGCCAAUUUAUCAUCGAGAUAUUAAGUCGACAAAUAUACUGUUGGAUGAAAAAUAUACAGCAAAAGUAUCAGAUUUUGGAGCUUCAAGGUCCAUCCAAAUUGAUAAAAGUCAUCUAACCACCCAUGUAAAGGGAACUUUUGGAUAUGUAGAUCCAGAGUACUUUCAAUCAAGCUUGCUUACUGAAAAGAGUGAUGUUUAUAGCUUUGGAGUAGUUCUCGUUGAGCUCUUGACUGGACAAAAACCAAUUUCUUCAAAAAGAGUAGAAGAAGGAAUUGGAUUAGCUGCACGUUUCAUUCUUUCAAUGGAAGAUGACAAGCUCUUUGAUAUACUUGAUCCACGAAUUGUGGACAAUUGUGAUAUGGAAGAAGUUGUUGUAGUUGCCAACCUUGCAAAAAGAUGCUUGAACUUGAACGGCAAAUUACGACCCACUAUGAAAGAAGUGUUGAUAGAGUUGGAAGGGAUUCAAUUAUCUCAGAAAGACACAAGUAUUCGACAAAGUACUACUAAUGAAAUUGAUCUUAACACUUCGGAUGCUUCAUCUACUUCGACAAUCUCAAGUUUUGGCAGUCCUCAAGUUUCCAUAAACAUUUUCAACCCAGUCUUUGAACCGAUGAAUGAGAGUUAA